GCGGCCGCCGCCAGCGCGCGUCCUGAGUCCGCCGCUCCGGCCAGGGGCUGCCGGGGAAGUUGGGGCGAGGCGGGCCGGGGAUGCGCCAUGGCCAUGGCCCGGCUGGGCUCGUGGCUUGGGGAGGCGCAGUGGCUCGCGCUGGUGUCGCUCUUCGUCGCGGCGCUGGCCACGGUAGGCCUGUACCUGGCGCAGUGGGCGCUGGCUAGGGCGCGACCCCAGCCCCAGCGGCGGGCGGUGGAGCAAGGAGAGGGGCAGGGCCCGGGGUCCGACGCGCUGCUCUCCUGGAUCCUGACGUUGGGCAGCUGGAGGAGCCAGUGGCAGGCGGCCUGGGUGACCGCCCUGAACGAGGAGGCCGAGAGGAAAGGGGGCCCGCCUUUCCUGUCCUUCGAGGAGGACCCGCGGCAGCAGCCCCUGGAGCUGGCAGUGCAGGAGGUCUCCAGUGUGCUCAGGUCGGCCGAGGAGAAGGUGGUGCUCUGUCAGGUGGUGGGCCAGGCUCUUCAGUUCUUGGUCAGCGAGAAGCCUGCCUCAGGUGCUGGAUGCCGGCUGUACAACGUGCGGCUCUCCCCGUUCCAUUUACAGCUGGAGUUCCACAUGAAAGAGAAGAGAGAGGACCUCCAGAUUAGCUGGUCCUUCAUCAGUGUGCCGGAAAUGGCCGUUAAUAUCCAGCCCAAAGCUCUGGGGGAGGACCCGGUGGCUGAGACAAGUGCGAUGUCUGACACUCUCAAGGACAUCUUCAAGCAUUUGGUUGGUUCUGCCUCUCCAUCCGUGGUUCUGAUCGUCAAGCCCACGAGUGUAAAGGAAGCUCAGGAAUCCUGUCCUCCGAAACCUCCAAGGGCUCACGAGCUAAAGCUACUGGUGAGGAACAUCGGCGCCUUGCUGUUCAGCGAGCCCGGUGCCUCAGGCCACAUUAACGCAGUGUGUGUCGUGCAGCUGAACGAUCCCGUUCAGAAGUUCUCCAGCACCCUGACGAAAAACACUACAGACCUCACGUGGGAAGAGGAAUUCACCUUCGAGUUGAAUGCCAAGUCGAAGGAGUUACACCUGCAGAUUUCAGAGGCUGGGCGACCCUCAGAAGGUCUGCUGGCGAUGGCGACAGUUCCUUUGGAUUUGUUUAAGAAGCAGCCUUCUGGGCCACAGAGCUUCACGCUGACCAGCGGGUCUGCCUGCGGCAGCUCGGUGCUAGGCUCGGUCACGGCAGAGUUCUCUUACAUAGAACCUGGGGAAUUGAAAUCCUGGCCCAUCCCUCCCCCUGUUCCUGCUGCAAAAAUCGAAAAGGACCGCAUGGUGAUGCCCUGUGGGACUGUGGUCACUACUGUCACUGCCGUGAAGACCAAGCCUCGCGUCGACGUGGGGAGGGCGUCCCCGCUGAGCUCCGAGUCUCCGGUGAAGACUCCAAUCAAGGUGAAGGUGAUUGAGAAGGACAUCUCUGUCCAGGCCAUCUCCUGCCGCAGCGCCCCUGUCAGCAAAACGCUCUCUUCUUCAGAUACAGAAUUGUUGGUGUUGAAUGGUUCGGAUCCAGUGGCUGAAGUUGCCAUUCGACAACUCAGUGAAUCUUCAAAGCUGAAACUCAAGUCGCCACGGAAGAAAAGCACUAUUAUCAUAUCAGGGAUCUCCAAGACCUCACUAUCUCAGGACCACGAUGCUGCCCUGAUGCAGAGCUACAUGGCCUCUGUGGACAGCACCCACCAGGAGGAUGCCCCAUCCCAUCCGGAGGUGGCCACAGCCUCUGCCCCACUGGAGGAAGCUGAGUCAGCCCAGGCAUCCCUUGCCCUCAAGCCCCAGGAGGAUGAGCUAGACUCCUGGGACUUGGAGAAGGAGCCCCAGGCCGUGGCAUGGAGCAGCCAGGCCCUGCUGGACCCCGACGGUGAUGAGCUAUCAGAGAGCUCCGUGAGUGUCUCGGAGCCAGGCGCUGCCAAAAAGCAUAAAGGAGGAAUUCUAAGGAAAGGGGCAAAGCUGUUCUUCCGCCGGCGGCAUCAACAGAAAGACCCGGGCAUGAGUCAGUCACACAAUGACCUUGUGUUCCUGGAGCAGCCAGAGGGUUCCCGGAGGAAAGGCGUCACCCUCACCAGGAUCCUGAACAAGAAGCUGCUCUCCAGGCACAGAAACAAGAACACCAUGAACGGUGCCCCCGUGGAGCCCUGCACAUAGGGCCUGAGGUCAUCACCUCCAAGCCAGAAGACGUGCACCUGCGUUAACUACCCUCACCAGGACGCAGCCAGUGUGCCCGCCAGAUGUCCAGAUGCCCCGCUUGUCUUGCUGGGUUUCUUCCAACCAUCUAGUCUUUUAAAGGGAAAACAAUAUCUGAGUCUCCAGCCAGGAGGUUUCCCCCAGAGAGGAUAAAAAGCCUGACUCGCCACCAGAUGCCAAAUGAGACUUGACAGCCACAGAGCUUGGGCUGUGCUCAAAGCUAAGAGUUAGGGUUCAAUAUUAGAAGGAGAUUAACAUUAUAAGUGAAAUAAUAUACUCUAAUGGAUUGUGGAGGGCAGGUGUGAGGGACUCAGUUUACCUAUUCUACACUAACAAGUGUUUUUGGUCCAUGCCUGGACCAUGUCACAAAAAGGAGGUGCCCCCCUGUGCUGUCACUGUGAAUGGAAAGGGUGGGUCACCUCUCCUCAUCUGCUGCUUGGAAUAAAAAAUGCAGCUGGCCCUGAGUACAGGGAAGUGGAACAUAGACAGGAUGUGGAUAAAUAAAUUUUGGUAGGAAUGGAGACGCUAUGACAGAUGUAGGAAGUCAUCUACCUUUGAUAUUAGCCAUAGAACUUGAACACUAACUAUAUCCUAUGCAUAGUAUGCAGAACACUUUUCUAAGUUUACUUUGAGCCUACUUGCAAGUGGAAGAUAUAUAUAUUCUCACAUGGUUUUUACAUUUUUCUCUAUCGUGUUAAAAGCUCUAAUAAUACUAGUGGAGAAGUUGACAUUCAAGUUUUUUUUUCUCCCGCCUGUCAUACUUGCUAAACAAGAGCACAGCAGGCCUGUCAGAUGAAGUCAGGAGCCAUACGUGACCGCUCGUACAACACGGUAACCAAACACAUACAUGGAUUUUGCCAAAUGCUGCCAGUAGCCAAAACAAAGUCCUUUUAGGGCAAUGGAGGAAAUUAUUUUGUGUCUCAGGUGUCAGUCUUAGGAAUGGAAGUUUAAUAACAAAUGGGCCAAACUUGCAGGAGAUUCUUUCUAUGAGCACUUCAGAAUUUUGCUGUGAACAGUCCUCUUGGACACAGGUUGGGGUGCCCUUGUUUGGGUUUGUUUUGGUGGAAAACAUGAUCACCUGGCACACCAUUUGAAUAUCCCUAAGUAUCAUUCCAGUCGCUUUCCUCAUCAGUUGCCUUUCUGUUUCAGUUCAUUCACAGAUUUCACUUUGGUCUGCCCUGAAUGUGCCACUUCCAGUAGACAUGCUGGUUAAAGAACAGUCAUCAUUGGGGUGAAGUGUUUUUGACAGUUUAAUAUGAUUCACUUUUCUCCAAAGAGAUGUAAAAGGCCGUUAUGAAAGCUUGACUUCUGUCACGGAGAUGGAAAUGGGCGAGAUUCCUUCCAUAGGUUCUUUUGUUAAUCCUUAAACAUGAAAUAUUUCGGGGGUAAUAGAGCCACUGGUGAGUAAAAAUUUAUAUAAAAACCAACAUUUUAGGAUUUUUUCUUUUUUAGUGAAAACCUGUAUAAAAACCAAAAUUAUGGGAUUUUUUUCUUCUUUUUUAGGGGGAGAGAUUAGAAAACGACAUUAUGAAUUUCACUUUAAAAUGCACAUUACAAAUUUCUUAGGUGUUCCAGGAAUUAUCAAGUGACUUUAAAAUGACUUUUUCAACCUGCUUUGUUUUUAAAAAUUAUAUUCCAGUUUUAAUCAUUGUAAAAAAAAGCACCUGGAGUUUCAAAAUAUGUGAAUACUACCAAGUUUCUGUCCCCAAAGUCAGGCGUCACUGCUAGUCUUUUGGGACAGAUGGGACAGAUGUUCACUUGAAUGUUUUACUUGAAGUUUUACUGCUCUUGGCCAUGUGGUAAAAAGAGCCUGAGACAUAUAAGAAUUCCCAGAGGAUAUUAUGUGUCAGAAUUUCGGACACUGAUCAGAAGUUUUUAAUUGUUCUUUUUUAUUUGAUUUUGGAAUUCAGGUGUACUCUAUUCAAGUGCGAGGAGAUCAGAAGUUAUUUUUAAUUUUUUUAUUUAAAAAAUGUUUUUUUCGAGACGGAGUUUCACUCUGUUGCCCAGGCUGGAGUGCAGUGGCGGCUCACUGCAACCUCUGCCUUCUGGGUUCAAGUGAUUCUCCUGCCUCAGCCUCCCAAGUAGCUGGGAUUACAGGUGCCAGCCACCACGCCCAGCUAAUUUAUUUUUAUUUAGUAGAGAUGGAGUUUCACCAUGUUGGUCAGACUGGUCUCGAACUCCUGACCUCAGGUGAUCCACCCACCUCGGCCUCCCAAAGUUCUGGGAUUAUAGGCAUGAACCACCAUGCCGGCCCCAGAAUUUUAUAUUAAGCCUUCUUGCUCUCAAAAGAAAAAAAAAAAAAAAUAGUUUUUAACUAUUCCAUUUCCAGAUGAAUCCCAUGAGCACUGCUUACUGUUGAAUACCUAGGUCUAGGACUCUGCUUCCUGUAGACACACUCAUGUUGUCUCCAUCCAAUGGCCUUUUCUGAAGUUACAGAAAACACCAAUGUGGGAGGGAGUUUAUGAAGCAAAGGCAAAGGAAACACGUAGGCUAGCUUCAGGGUAGCACCGUGAGAAAUGGCCUGUAUUGAUACUGUGAAUGUUUCUUUCCCAAGCUAUUUUGUGCAGGUUUUUUUUUUCAUGGUGUAGGGUAUUUAUGAUAAAGUAAAUGUUGUGAAGGUUAAAGAUAAAUUAAGAUUAUCCACCAAAUGCUAAAAAUACUGACGUGUAAAUCACCUUUAUCGUCUCACCUCUUCUAUGAGCUUUUGCGGCUUGAGGGCUUUUGUUUUUGGCUUUUGUCUGGAUGAAAGUUUUGCCGAGUGGUGUUUUAAAAGCGAUUCCUCAUGAACACUAAGAUUAACUGUGUCUGUAUCUCUGGAACUGGGUGCUCAUGUUGGUUUUAACGAGCUUGCAACCCUUCCCCGUUUGCUUUGUUUAAGGAGGUGCCUCUGUUCUUUGUGGAGGAGUGAAAUGGAGCUUUCAGUGUGUGUGUGUGGUAUGUGUGUCUGCACACAGCUGUGUGUGAUUGUAGCAAUAACAAAAGUAGCCAUCUUCUUGUUCCUGCUGAAAACUUGCUGUGAGAGUUUUGACAGAGCAGUUUAUUUUAAUCAAGUUCCAAGUCUGGGUUCAAACCCAGCCCCGAUCCCUUAUGACCGACGGCCACUCAGUGGCACCUUGGUGCCCAUUUAGAUUUUUGCUUGGGUUUUACCGGCCACCUCUAUAGACGAGAGUUGCAAAGUUGCUAUGAGCAGAGAGGGAAAGAUUAAUCUACACUGCUGGCCACUGAAGGCCGGUGUUUCCUGGGUAAUAAUCUCAUGGCUCUUGAUCUGGAAACUUCAGAGUACAAAUUGGUGGACGGUGGAAGUCAGGACACGGAUCUCUGUCCGAUGGAAAACAGACCUCGGGGCUGGCAUCAACCCUGCUGCCAGGCCCUCUCCCCACUGCCCCAAACCGGCCCGGACACGAUGACCAAAGCAGCCUGCACAGGGCAAGGCCCCUGCGGAAUCCUGCAGAGCAAACUCAGGUUACCUUGGGUCCAUGACUGUUUGCAUUGGAAACACAGUACACUGCCCCGUUCUCUCAGCAGCUGGGCAGUAGUGCACCAUUCACCAUUGAGGCUUGUGGUUUGUCGUUUACCACUGUUAUGUCCAAACUGCAUUGUAAAAAGAGAAGAAAACGGCAGGUUUUCCAGGUCCGCGGAAGGGUUUGGCCUGACACUGGAGUGCGGUGAUGAACUUACGUGACAAUGAUUGUAUUCCUCAAUAGCACUUUAAAUGCCGAAGACAGUCCUGCACCAAGCCUGUGCACGGGCUUGGGUGGGUUCCUUUGGAGAAGAUGUGGCUGGAACACAAACAAUCUUUGAAGAAAUAAAUGUGCACACAGAACACUA